UGCACAAAUAAUAUACUUAAAAAGAACACACUUAAGUGUGAAUUAAAUGUAAUGUUUUCAUCGCUUAAGUGCAUUCUAUUUGUAAUUAAUUUAAAAUGUAUCACAGAUUAAGUUCAUAUUAAAUGCAAUAAGUUGAACUUUUGAGUGAUUUUUUGAACCAAUUAAGUGGGACUUUAAAACAACUUUAUAACCUUCGUAAUUGCUUCUAGUAUCUUUAAAAUAUAGUUGAAGUGCACUGCUCAAUGUACCUACAAGCAAUUAAUGUGAACUAAAAUAUAUUUUAAUAUCAGUUAUCAAUACACUUAAGUGGGAAUUAAAUGUAAUGUUUUCAGCUGCUUAAGUGCAUUCUAUUUGUAAUUAAUUUUAAAUAUAUCACAGAUUAAGUUCAUAUUAAAUGCAAUUAGUUGAACUUUUGAAUGAUUUUUUUGAACCACUUAAGUGGGACUUUAAUACAACUUUAUGAUAACCUUCGCAAUUGCUUCUAGUAUCUUUAAAAUACAGUUGAAGUGCACUGCUCAAUGUACUGACAAGCAAUUAAUGUGAACUAAAAUAUAUUUUAAUAUCAGUUAUCAAUACACUUAAGUGUGAAUUAAAUGUAAUGUUUUCAUCGCUUAAGUGCAUUCUAUUUGUAAUUAGUAUAAAUGCAAUAAGUUGAACUUUUGAGUGAUUUUUUUUUAACCACUUAAGUGGGACUUUUAAUACAAUUUUUUUAUGUACUUUGAAAUAUGGUAAAAGUGUACUUCCGAAUGUACUGACAAGUAAUUAAUGUGAACUAAAAUAUACUUUAAUGUCAUUUACAUGUACACUAUUAUAUAAUUUAAUACAUUUGUAAUUACAUUAUUUACAUACAUUUUUAUUUAAUUUAAUACAUUUGUUAUUACAUUAUUUGUAAUUACAUAUAAUAAUGAAGUUACAAUUUAGUAUAUUUCAAAAUAUUACAAUCAACACAAAUGCAAAUUGAAACCCUCUACAUUUAUUGACAAAACAAUCUCUAAAACAAAUACACAAAAACCUUUUUGUUGAUGCACAAUGUGGGAUUACAAAUUUAAGAAUCUGUUUAAGAUCUGCUGAUCCUACAUCCUGACAUAACAUCACAUGAAAUGCUACGGUGAAGUACAUUGUAUUUAGCAUUUUAAGGUAAAAAGGAUGACUUUCUAAGAAAAUCAAGUCAGGCAGCCCAGGUGUCUUUAUGCACUUCCUGACCAUGUGGCAUGACACGCUCAAGACACAGUUCUGCCUUUGUCUCUAUGAUAAUGUGAAGGUAUGGGCAAUACUGUCAGACUGAUUGGAUUAGCACCUAUGCAUUUGAAUGACACUGUUAUGCUGAUUAGAUCAGGGCUGCCGGUAACGGGCUGAUUCCUGCACCACAUUUGCAUGCUUUGUUUAGAUUGUCUCCACCUCUACUGUAUGUAUCCCUCCCCCUUGAAUGUAUAUAAACUACAAUGUACACUGCCUUAGUUGGACUUGGAUGACUACAGCGACACACAGCGCGUUUCUCAAUAAAGAGUAACUUCUGCUUGAAAGAUAUCCCAAUGUCUCCUGGUUUCUGCUUCGACAAGGAAAACGUUUCCUACAGUUUUGGUGCCGUGACCCGGAUAGAGCUCCUCACCUGAAUCCAGAUUGAAACUUCAAGCUCAAAAAAGAUCUGACUUCGUUCCAGACUGAAUUUUUCUGUACAACCAUGGGUUGGUGAGUGCGACUCUAUCCAAAAGAACCUUUAAGACCAGUACAAAUUUGUUAUCCUCUGCGCCGUCAGAGAAGAGUUAACAGACAACUGUAGAGUUUGGUUAACUAAGUUAUCUUCUAAAAAAUUUUCUUUUAGAGAUGAAGGUUAUCCCCUGUUCAUGCAGGGAAGAUUAGCAUUACGUGCUAAUAUUGGUUAUCCUCUGUUCAGGCAGGGAAGAAUUGGUUAUCCUCGGUUCAGGCAGGGAAGAAUUAGCGUAAAGUGCUAAUAAGAAGGUGAUUUAUCCUCUGUUCAACCAGGGAAGGUUAACAACAGUUACAGUGUGUUAACAGUAGUUUAUCCUCUGCUUUAUAAGGGAAGGUUGUUUAUCCUCUGUUUAAUCAGGGAAGGUGGUGUGUUAACAGAAUAUAGUAAUCCUCUGCUUUGCUAGAGAAGAAAGUUCAUCCUCUGUUAAGUCAGGGAAGGUUACAACUGUUUCAACUCUUACAGUGUGUUAGCAAGUUGGUUCUACUCUGUUCGCCAGAGAAGGUUGAAUACAUUAUGAUGUGUAUUAACUAGGUUAUCCUCUGCUCUGUCAGGGAAGUGUUGAAAGUGUAUUGUUGUGCCAGAAAGACAUUACAAAAUGUUGAGAAAGAACGCUAGACUAAUUCCAACAACUGAGAAAGGUGGACUAGCUACCCCUUUAUGGACAGAUAGUGAGUUCAAAUCAUUGUUAGGAGAGCACAUGGACUCAAUAGUGACUGAGUCAGUCAGAUUGGAUUUGACAAAGAAAUCUGGGAUUCAUUCAGAAAAAGUUUGGUCCAUUGAAGAUUGCAAAAAGGUACUUGGUGCUUGUAUACAGAAGAAAAAUAGGAAGGGCAUUAUCUGCUGCCACAGAGAAUUUACUCUAUCCAUUGCACAAGAACAAAUCCAACGUAUUGCUAAGUUAGAAGAGCAGAACAAACAGUUGCACACCCGAGUGUCUCGUCUCACUCAGAAGUUGGGUUGUAACAAAGCAUCAACCAAAAGUGACUCAAAAGACCAACAGUCAGAUGAAAGCUAUCCUGACUUACAGUCUUUAUGUAGAAUAGAGGACAAUAUCAAUACUGGAUUGAUGGAUAAGGAUGUAAAUGCAGUUGAAGUGUGUGGAGCGAGACAAAAGGCUCAGAGUAGGGUAAAAGGGGUUGGCGCAGUUCCAUCUGUAACCCCCAUACUGCAGUUACAAGCAUUCAGUACCGCUCUAGGUCCUGAAGACAUAGAAAGACUUGCUGAGAGUUUACCAUCAGUGCAUAGAAUUUUUUCUGAGUUUAGGAGAGAGUUGUCCACAAAAAUGAAGCUCUGCGAUAUGUCCCUAGCUGAAGUCAUCCAGCUAAUGUCACAAUUCUUGACAGAGUCAGAAUUCAAUCAUUUUGAAAGUGCUGUAAAUAAUUCUGAGUUUCAGCAUUCUAGUAAAGAUGAAUUGAAAGAAGGAGUUCUGAGAGUGUUACAGAACCUUGUUGGACCAAAGGUGGACCGGUCAAAGAUCACUAGUUGUGUACAGAAGAAGGAUGAAACUGUAAGUGAGUACACUGAAAGAUUUUGUCAGUCAGCUGCAGCAUACAGUGGAAUAGCUGACACUCUAGAGAAGGUGCUAGAGGAUAAUGGACCAUUGGUCCACAUGUGGUUUGAUGGUCUUUUAUCAGAAUACAGAAAUGCAUUGCCUUUCUUAGACCUCACAUGGUCCAAUGGAACCCUGCAAAACAACUUGGAUAGGUUAGCUACUUGGGAAAGAGACUGAUGUCAAGGCAAGAGUAAAGAUUGCAGCAGCAUCCUUUGAGGUCAACACAGAGAAUCAACAGAAAUGUAAAUGUCCUAAGAGAGAGGGCAAUUGUCAUUACUGUGGUAAACCUGGACAUUGGAUGAAAGAGUGUAGGAAAAACAAAAAGACAUUAAGAGAAAUGAACAGCUUUACUUUGCUCCUACUCAGUCUACUUGCUACACUGAAACUGCCCCUCCCCUCUACUCCAAACUCUUGGAGCAACAGCUUGCUGACAUACUAACAAUUUGGGCUGUGAGUGCUUAAAUUCCCCACUAAUUUAAAAGAAAGCUGAAAGACUCAUUCUGAACAAAAGAAACUUGACUGUCACUUCCACCAUUUGAGGGACACGGGUUAAGUACACUCACAGCCUUAAAUGUUAUGCUACAGCACACUUUAGUCACUUAUCCAUCCUCUAUGGGUUAUGAUGUCUGCUAUGACUGAUGUUUCAUUGGAAGAUGGAGAUGUAACACAGUAAAGUUUGCAAAUUAAUUACAGGGAGAGAAUAGGACACAAAGACCAGUGAGGAGCCAAGGGAAGAACCGAAGUGCAACAGGCCUCGGGGGCCAACCCUGUGGUGAAGACUUCCUCGUAGGUUUCCCCCUCUCAGUAGUUUAUCCCCACCUUACUGGUCUAUAGGUGUCAAAUUGAUUAAGACUAGGUUAAGAAAAAGAAGAACAAAACCACUAUACGAUCACUGGAAGUUUAUUAUGAUAAGAGUUAGACAUAAAAACUAUACGAUCAUCAGAGGUCCAACGUACUAAAGUCUAUGCAUGAAUACUGCUGGUCUGCUGUUUCUUUGUUUUCUUGUGUUGCAGGUAUGUGUAUAUGCCAUGAUGGCUUAUAAGCAGCACCUGGUGUAAAGCAUCACCUCAGAUAUCCAUGAACAACCUUCAUGAUGACAGAGUCAUCUGAGCAACUCGGAGGUGCACAACGACAAAGAAUCAUCUGAGCAACUUGGGACAAACAUGGAAAUGCAUUGGAAAUGGACUCUACAGGGAACAGACUCCACAGCUAUUCAGGUGCCAUGGACUUUUAGGACUUCCACGCUUAUGCUACAUGGUUUUCUGUGUCAUCGUGUAGUUUAUACAACCCUGCGUUGUAUAUGUGUGUCAACAGUAUACUCAAGUAAAAGAACAUCACUUAUGUAAAUGUCGGACACGACACAGAAUAAGCUGUAUGUGCCUGUAACUGUUACAAGUUGCAUGACUGGAAGAUGGGACUUAUGUUAACAAACAUAGGUUAUAGAAGGGAUUUAAGAAGGUUUAAAUUUGUAUUAUGUGAGAGUUAUUAGAACUCUCAAAGGGGGGACUGUGGGAUUACAAAUUUAAGAAUCUGUUUAAGAUCUGCUGAUCCUACAUCCUGACAUAACAUCACAUGACAUACUACGGUGAAGUACAUUGUAUUUAGCAUUUUAAGGUAAAAAGGAUGACUUUCUAAGAAAAUCAAGUCAGGCAGCCCAGGUGUCUUUAUGCACUUCCUGACCAUUUGGCAUGACAAGCUCAAGACACAGCUCUGCCUUUGUCUCUAUGAUAAUGUGAAGGUAUGGGCGAUACUGUCAGACUGAUUGGAUUAGCACCUAUGCAUUUGAAUGACACUGUUAUGCUGAUUAGAUCAGGGCUGGGAAAAUGCCGGUAACCUUUAAGACCAGUACAAAUGUGU